CGCCUCGCCCCGCGCCGCCCCUGCUCCAGCCAUGUCCGCCGAGGGUGAGGAUUACGUUUCUAUGAGCGUUGAGGAUGAUGUUGAAACAGUGAUUAUUGACAAUUCUGAAGUGGAGGAUGGAGAAACCGGGGUGUCCACACAAAGCUGCGUGUCAAUGGAAGAAAACUCUGAGGAAAACAGUGAUGUCCACCAUGUGGCUCAGCUUGCAUAUGGAGGUGAAGGUUUCUCAGUAGUAUCACAGAUGAGCCAUUCUGCAAGUAUGCAGAGAGGAAAUGCUCACAACCCGGAGAAAAUGGAUUAUAUGUUUUCACAUAAUAAAAGAAAACGAUUUGCCCCUACUCUAGUGCGACAAAAUGUGAUGAGAACAGAAGAAUAUGAAGAUAGUGACAGUGUCGUUUAUGAGUAUGAACCAGACUAUGAAUGUGGGAGUAUUGUAUCUGAAGCUUCCUACACAGGAGACCUGCAGAAAACUCUUAUGGAGGUCCUCAGCUAUUGCCAGGCCAUGUAUGAUGCCAUUCAGAAACUGGAUAAAAAAUUUGACCUCCUUCAUCGGAAGGUCUCAGAAAUGCAGCAUACUCGUGUGAAACCACUGUUGCUCAAACCUAGACCAGUUGGCUUUGCAUACAGAAGUUCCAGUCACUUGCCCCAGGGAAAAAUUGGAGUACCAAAGUCAAUGGACAGGGAAUCAAGCCUUCAUCUCUCUUCCCCGGGCCAGGGAAGACAUAGCCCCGUCAUAAGGGUUGCUCUGCAGAAGGGCCACGUUCAGGUCAACUCCAUAAAACGUGUUCAACAGACUCUUCAACUGGAAUCGCAUCAGUCUGUGCUGAGGCAGAGCCCGCCGCUGCCCACGAUAGUUUCUGCUCAUUCACUGCAUUCGCCGUACACAGCAACUGAUGGUGUCCCUGACCUUUCUGCACUAUCAAAUCUUGCAACCACCGUUGCGGAAAGCACAGUCAACGUUUCAUCUUCACCAGGGGCAUCGUCAGUGAUGGCACCAUCUUCUGAGACCAGCUUGGAAAAUAACGCUGUGCAGGUCAACUACAGAAACGCAUCCGGGAAUGUUAGUAAAGAGCUGCCAUCUUCUUCUGUCUCGAUCAAUCCUAGCUUUGAGUAUGUUGGUGACCCACUGAGAAAUGUCAAAGUUCUGGGAAACUAUUUGAUGAAAGCUCGGCAAAAGACGAAGCCGAAGUACGCAGCGCGCUACUUGGUCCGUGUUUUGUUCCCCAAGGAAACGUUGUUGUGUAGCAUUAUGGGAGUGAGUGCACGAGGGCGCAGAACACUGGAUCCUAACAAAAUUGCAGCAAUAAGAGAGUUUCUUGCAGCUAACUUUCCAAACUAUGAUUUGAGUGAAUAUGGGAAAGACUGGAAAACCUGUAUCACAAACGUGAAUGCUAUGAUUCGCUGUUUGCGCUCUGAAACAAAAAUAAGCCCAGAGACACCUGAAGGGAAAGAAAAAUUGGCUGAGACUCCAGAUACGUCCUUUUGCAUGGAUUUAAAUUGUAGCGAGGAUAGUGAAGGCAAUACUCAAAACUCUCAGAAACCAGCCACCACUGACAGACUACAGAAUUCAGGAUGGGAUAAACUGCCAGAAACUCUCGGCACAUCUUCAGUCAAGAAGCUCCAGUCUUUGGAACCUAUGGAACUUCUUGGGAGUCCGUGGCGCAACGUUCAGCUGCCUUUCUCGGUCAUUUACGUAGCGAAGGGGAAGUCUCGUCCGGAGCUCUCAGCUCGCUACCUAAUUCGUCAUCUCUUCACUGAAGAUGUGCUGGUGAAAAGCAAUGUGUACGGUAAUCUUGAACGUGGCAUGAGUCCCUUGGACUGCAACAGAAUUAAUGCUCUCAGAGACUUUCUUCAGGAGAACUACCCCUCCUUUGAUCUGAAGGAAACAGGCUACGAUUGGAAGGCCUGCGUGGCUGCCAUAAACAGCACGAUCCGCAGCCUGCGGCACGACCUCAAAAAGGCUGCAAUUGGCAUGCGCAAGCGGCUCCUGGCCAUGCCCCCCUCGAGCAAAAGGAGCCCUCCGCAGAGCCCCACGUCAGCGAAGCCCUGUGAAGGUGACACUAUCAAUCUCGCAGACUGAAGCCCUCUAACAGCUGKCUCAAACCUUAGUUUAGUGGGUUUUUAUAAAACCCAUAUAGAUGCCUAUUACAUUGAGCUGUCAGCAUCACUGAAUAGUAUGUUYAUAAGACCAAAGUUGUCAGGAGAGCUAGAAACCCUGUGUACUUGUCUAAGUAGGACUUGUGCUUCCCGGAGAGCUGACAUCUGCUGUUCCCUUUGGCAUUUAUGAUGUGCUSCCCUCUGAAAGCACCUUCCCUUUCAGUGAGUCAUGAAGCAUAAUCUGAUUACAAAAGACUUGGCUGCACGUCACAUCAGCAAAAGCAGAUAGGAAGGGGAGAGAAGGGAUGGUGCUCCUUGGGGAAAGAUGGUAGCUAGUUAAGAGCAUGUUGUUACGUGUGGGGAAGGAAAUUUGAUAAAACAGUUGGGUAUUGKAACUCAGAAUAUCUAGAAAGGAAAAUACAGUUACUGCAUCUAGCUAAUUUGUCAUACAUAGCUCUCACUUCUUUCCCUUCUCUAGUAGUCUCUGUUAUAGGAUAAGGAAAGAGGCAGGCAACAAUGUAUGUASAGUUGUUGGUAAAUAAUGUUUUCUUCCCUCUGACUUGGAUCUGGUUGCAAGCUCACAGAAGCCCACGGAACAAAUAUCCCAACAUUUAGUUUGUUUCUUGACGUAAAUUCAAGGAAAAUACAUCUUCAGGGGCACGGUCUGCUUUCCAGUGGCACACGUCUGUCUCCUACCUGAUUUCCACAAAGCGCAAAUCUGAUCCAAUUUUACCUAGAGGAUUUGGAUCUUCAUACAGAUUUUAUCAGCGAGUAAUUUCCACCAGUUUCAAGUCAUUGRUCCCGCGGUUAAGGUGCAGAGGUGCUUGCUCUGCUGCUUGUUACRCGCUCAGGGAUGACCAGCAUCAGCGGUGCCGCUGUGCUGCUGGCGGUGAGCAUCUAGCUCGCCUUGACAGCGUUUGGUGUGCAGGAUUGCAGGUGCUGGCCUGCAAGGCCAGGCAUAUUACCCAGUUGCCUUGUUAGGGUGCUUUUUUUAAAGACUUGUCAUCCUGUCCUUGUUUAUAUAAGCUCUGAGAUGUGCAGUGAUUACCCUUGUCUUCCCUUUCUUAUGCCCACCCAACACUAAGAUUUGUCAAUGGGCUGAAGUACGGAAAAGAAGAAUCUCGUUUUGGAACUUACUGGGAUGUUAAAAUAAUAAAAAUACAUAAAUAGAAAUCAAUACCUAUGUAUACACAUUUUUGACAUCCCGCUCAAUAUUGUUAAUAAACUGAAAAUCAACAACAGCAGUUUUACAGAAGCGAAGGGGUUUUUUUGUUCCCCAGAAGAAAACAUAUUCUGUACAUGCCUUCCUGCUGUUUGUUUCUUCCAGCAUCAGUCACAUAGCCAGUGUGUAAGAAGUGAUAGGAGUAAGUGGUAUGUGAACUUGCCAUUUGUAUCAUCUCUGAGCUUAGUCUCAGAUGUUCAGUUUUUCACAGGAAAAAAAUAGCUUUUCAGAARACUGAUGUAACAAGGAACAAAUUUCACCUCUGAAAACUGAUGUAACUGUGGCUUCCAAAACUAUGCCUGUGUGCAUAGCAGAAUCUAACUAGAUCUGUCCCCCAUGGCAAAAGUUUCAUGGUCUUGUUUGUUUUUAUUAGCAAUAGGGUGAAAUAGGAAUGAAAUUACUUGGUUUUAUUUAACUUCUAUCCAUAACAAAUGGGCGAUGUUUAUUAUAUGCAUUAAAGGAUCACAAUACAGGGUGUUUCUUCGUGGUUUUGUUUCGGUUUUUAUUGCAAGUUAGGAUAUGCAAUGUCCUUAUCCAAUAAAAUUUUGUUUCCCUCGCCAGCUCCUCCKUGCCAUGCAGGUAUCUUCUCUAGACUAAGAAAUAGAUUUGAAUUAAUUAAUUCUCAGAGAAAUGUACUGCUGUUGGUCAGUAAYGUAAGAGGA